UGCCAGCCAGCUACUCUGACUGCUUCACAAUUUGGCUACUCAACCACGUGUUUCAGCAAGAAGAAAGGAGGAAGGGGAAUGCCAGACCAGCAGUUCAGACGCUCACUUCCUGGGAUGCUCCUAUCAUCUGGGAGUUAAUGUUUGACCCCAAACUUUAUGACAAAAAGCACCAAGAAGGAAAUACAACCGUGGCACUCACUGUGUUUGCCGUAGGAAGGUACCUCGAUGCCUAUCUCAACACUUUCCUAACAUCAGCAGAAAAGCAUUUUAUGAUUGGAUUACCGGUGACAUAUUACGUGUUUACAGAUUUACCAGAGAAGGUGCCGAAAUUUGAACUUGCUCCUCAGCGAGACCUGAAAGUUGUCAAGGUGCAAAAGAAUAGCAGAUGGCAGGACAUCUCCAUGAUGCGAAUGAAGACCAUAUCAGAAGUGAUAGAAACAGAACUCGAAGGAAAGUUCAGUUAUCUCUUCUGCUUUAAUGUUGAUCAGGAGUUUAAGGGGAGAUUUGGUUCAGAAGCCCUCGGGGAGUCUGUGGCUUUGCUCCAUGCCCAUUUUUACAAACUUCCAAAGGAGAGGUUCACCUAUGACAAACAACCCAAAUCUAAAGCUUACAUGAAGGAGGGAGAUUACUACUACCAUGCUGCUAUCUUCGGAGGAUCGUUGGAAAAAGUGAAGGCUUUGGCAGACUUUUGUCAUGUGAGCUUCAUGGAGGAUAAAAUGAAUGAAGUGGAGGCUCUGUGGCAUGAUGAGAGUCAUCUAAACAAGUACUUCUGGCUUUAUAAACCAAGCCGCCUCCUCUCACCUGAGUACUGCUGGGACCCCAUUAUUGGUGACAAGAGUGAUAUUAUGGUCACUCGCCUAAUAUGGGAACUAAAACAAUAUAACAUGGUUCGUACUCGGUAGUGUGGCCAAAAUGAAAAAGACUUCAGAGACUGGGAUGAAUUUGUGUGGGAUGAAUUUUCUGGGAUGAAUUUGAACAAAAGUGUGAAUAUGUUUACUGUCUUGACAGAAGGCCUAAACAAAAAAACUUUUUUGAGAAGUGAACUCAGGUACAAAGGUUUUUUUUUCUAACAAAUAUUUCUUUAUGCAUCUAAGAAUAGCAUUAAAAGGAAAAAUCAGUCUUUCCAUUUA